AUGGCCCAGCCCAGCCUCAGCGUUGCGCUGCAGACCUGCCUGUGCCUGUGCCUGUGCCUGUCCGCCGUUUUGCCCGCGUCACAGUGUCCCAAACAUGUCCCUGUCCCACUACGCAGUAGUAACACAAACUGCUCUGGCGUGGGAGUCAAUCCGAUUCGGCCGUGGAAUUGCUGUCGCCUGUGGCGGUAUUGGAGUGUCGCGCUUUGCCGUGUUACCAUGGUAUGGAUGCCGCGACUGGUGCCACGGAAGAGGAAAGAGAUUCGUUGUUUUCGAAGGGGGAACCCGGCCAGGUGGAUUGAUUGA